AUGGCGGCGACCGGACAGUCCUUUUACGAGCUCUAUCGCCGUAGCAGCAUCGGCAUGGCGCUCACGGACACCCUCGACGACUUGAUCAGCGAGCGUCGCAUUGAGCCCCAACUCGCGAUGAAGAUCCUGGCGAACUUCGAUCGCAGCAUCACUGAGGUAUUAGCCGAUAAAGUGAAGGCGAGGUUGACGUUCAAGGGUCAUCUUGAUACGUACCGUUUCUGCGACGAGGUCUGGACCUUCCUGAUAAAGGACGUCACUUUCAAGAUGGAGAACUCGAGUCAGACGGUGCAGGCGGACAAGGUCAAGAUCGUGAGCUGCAACAGCAAACGGCCUGGAGAUCCUCAAUAG